AUGAAGCACUGCUGCCCAGGGGUGGCUUGGGUGAUCCUGGCAGUGCUGUGGCUGGCACUGAGUGAACCACAGACCCCACCAUGCCAGGACAGGCAUGCUACCAGACGCCCCUGUCCUGCUGGCAUGAACUGGGUCAAGGAGGCUUGUGGGUGCUGCACCCAGUGUCCUGCAGGUGAGAGCUGCCUGGCUAGUGUGUCAUGGCAUGGCCAGUACAGCAUAGUACAGCACGCCAUGGCACACUGGACCACAGGUGCCCAUGUUCCCUGUCACCCUGCUGUCCCUGCAGGGACGUUCCUGUACAAACCCUGCUCAAGCCUUGGCAAUGAUAGUGUCUGCAAAACCUGCUCUCCUGGCACCUUCCGUGCCCAGCCCAACACCUUCACCAAGUGCCAGGCUUGCUAUGAGUGUGACCAGCAAGCUUUCCAGAGCGUGCUGAGCAACUGCUCAGCCACCAGCAACGUCGCCUGCGGCUGCAGGCCUGGGCACUUCCGCAGCUGCCUCGAUGAGCAGUGCACUGAGUUCUCCUGCCUGCAAUGCCAGACCUGUGCUGGGCGCCUUGUCCAGCGACCCUGCUCAGAGACACAGGACACACUCUGCGGCAGCUGCAAGCCUGACUUCUACACCGAGGGUGGUGAGUGCCGGCCAUGCCCCACGACCACCCCAGAUGCAUGUGGGAAAGAGUGCCAGCGGGCAUGCAGCGGCAGCGACAGCAACAGCCAAGGCUCAGGGCUAGAAUACAUUCUGCUGGCAUUCACUGGGCCCCUGUUCCUGGGUGCCCUCGCCAUCUACCACAAGAGGAAGCAGCUCUGGCACAGUACCUCAUCAGGCAGCCCCCAUCCCACAGUGCAGGCAGCCAACCCCACAGCCUGGGCCAUGCCAUUGUACCAGGACAGUGCCCAGGUGGGUGACAGCAUUUGCUGGACCCAGUCGUGCUCCUCCCAGGUGACAAAACUUGCUGCUGGCAUGGGGAGGCAGAGCCCCAAGCAUGACGCCUUGCUGCAGAAGCCUGGUGGCACAGCAUGGCCGGGAGGUGAGGUGGGACCCUCCUCCCCUCUGGAGCCCAGAGCCACCCUGCUGCAGGGCAGCCAGCUCUACAGCAUCAUCGAUGCAGUGCCAGUGCGGCGUUGGAAGGAGUUCAUGCGGGUGCUGGAGCUGCGUGAGGCAGAGAUUGAGCUGGUGGAGCUGGAGGUGGCCCAUGUCCGCGACCAGCAGUACGAGAUGCUGAAGCGCUGGUGCCAGCAGACCAGUGCCACCCUCGACCACGUCUUCACCGCCCUGGAGCGCAUGGAGCUGUCUGGCUGUGCAGAGGCGCUGCGCCGAAGCCUGCUGGUGGGCCCCUGA